AUGGCUGCUUUAAGAUCAAGGCCAUGGAAUUACCACCCAACUUUGUGUUCAUGUCACUGCAAACCCAGAAUUUUCAAUUACAAUUUGAAGGGAAUGGGAAAAAGAAAGAGAAAGUUAAUGGAGGCCAAAGGGUUUGGGUGGGAGGGCCAUGACUUGGGGGCAUAUGUUAUUUCUGAGGAAGAUAAUAGAUUUGUGGAGGCCCUGAGGGAAGUUCAGCCUUAUGUUUUCUUAAACAGAGGCAGAACAUUUGUUGUGGCCAUAGCUGGGGAGAUUGUUGAUAUCCCUAUUUACUUCGAUGCCCUACUGCAGGAUCCGUCGGUCGGUUCAUAA